AUGAAAUACCUGGUAAUCCUCGCACUGUUUGCCUUCGUGGCUGCGCGCCCCAGCGAUGACUACAGUCGCUACGAGAUCUUCGAAGUGGACGAUAUCGUUGGCAACGUACGUUUAUUGGGUGGCUAUACGAAAUGCUUCGAAGGUUUGGGCAAGUGCACUCCUGAGGCCGCACACUUUAAAAAAUUGAUUCCGGAGGCUAUGCAAUCCAGUUGUAAUAAAUGUUCAGAACAUCAGAGAACCCUCAUUGCCCGCGUGAUCCAAGCAAUCGUCGAGAAACUGCCCGAAGACUGGAAGAAGUUGAAUCAGAUCCACGACCCCGAAGGCAAAUACAGCGAAGAUAUCAUAAAGUUUGUAGACGAAUACGCCAAAAAGGAGCAAUGA